UUAAUUAAAUUGUAAAAAAAAAGUAUAGGAUCAAACAACUAACUCAUCACAUCUUGAGAACCACCGACUCCACCUGUGGGCCCCUCUUGACUUCAUCACAUCCGUCCACGUAAUCUCUCUAACAAUUCUUAAUUAGUUAAAGCAAAACGUCAAAAGGAGCAUUUUGCGAAGAACACAAGGAAGCACCCAUGAACUAUCACGGAAAUUGGUGGAAAAACACAAAGACGAACAUGAAGACAAACUCAAACAUCGUUUUUCCCUUUGCCUCCACCUCCUCUAUAUAAGACCAAACCAACUUUCCCACAUUCUAAGAUGCAAAAUGGAAAACCUAAGACGACAUUUCCGCAAGAAAAAAGACAGCUACAGUGUGAUUGGCCGCGUGAAGCGCAAUGGCCACUGCAAGAAGCACCCCAAACACAACCAAUCACCCGGUGUCUGUUCUCUUUGCUUGAGGGAAAAGCUUGCUCAGUUAUCUUCUUAUAACGCACGUCCAACACCCUCUUCUAUUGCUAUUGCUUCUUCAGCUUCUUCUUCUUCUUCUUCUCUUUCUUCUUAUUCCUCAUCCUAUUACUCCUCAGCCUCUUCUUCUUCCAAUGCUUCUCCAAUGCAUUGCUUCUGUUUCGCUGGGGAGGCAAAGAGUAGCUCUUCUUCGCUUUCUAUCUUUCUUCUCAGUGGUAACCAUGGAAUGGUAAAGGGUAAGUGUAGCGCAUUGGAUAUUGUUCAAAGAAGAGAUUCUGAAGGUGGUGUCUAUGAUGAUCAUAGGAGUGCCUGCAAAAGUGGAUUUUGGUUCAAGUUGCUUAACUGUAAUAGCAAAAGAAUGAAGAAAUAUGACAGGGAGGAUAAUCAUAAACUCGUUCGUUCUGUGUCUAUAAAAGUAUAAAAUAUAAUUGCUUGAUUUGUUUUUUAGAUAGAUUAAUUGAUCUGUGUUGUUGUUUUAGUUUUCUAUUUUCCACUGUUCAAGUUUCAUGGUGGAUCUUAGUGUUUAACUGCUAGCUAGGUCUUAUUGUAGUUAUUUCCAUUUAUUUUUUGCGAAACAGGAAGGACAAUUUAGAUCCAGCGUUAUAGAACAUUCAUAAUGUGUAUUUAUGUUAGAUCUGUACAGAAAUUGAUAUGUGUAUAUAUUUUUGUUAUGACUGAAAAAAAAAACUAUAUUGUUUUAUUAUAUAAAAAGAACCAUGUUGUUUGGACCCAAUAUAUUUAUU